GGAGUGUAUUGGUGUUACCGCGCUUCGUUGUGGCGAAGGUACCCAGUUUAAGAAUCAACUUAGAAGCUGUCGGGUGUGUGAGAGUGUUCGUCCGUGGUUGCAGAAGCAAUGGAGAAAAGGAUUGAUCUGGAGAAGCGGGGAAGAAAUCCAGCACAGAUAAAAGAAUUAAAUUUGGACAAUAGUCGCAGCACAAAUAUAGUGGGUUUAACAGAUGAAUUUAUCAACUUAGAAACCCUUAGUCUUAUAAAUGUUGGUUUAACAAGCCUUAAGGGAUUCCCAAAGCUGCCCAGUCUUAAAAAGCUUGAACUUAGUGACAACAGAAUUUCUGGAGGAUUGAACUUACUUCAUGGAAGCCCAAAACUCACUCAUCUUAAUCUUAGUGGCAACAAAAUUAAAGAUAUUGAUACUUUAGAACCACUGAAGGAAUUCAAGAACUUAAAAAACCUUGACCUCUUCAACUGUGAGGUAACAACCAUUGAGAACUACAGAGAAAAGGUUUUUAAUUUAAUACCCAGUCUUAAAUACCUUGAUGGGUAUGACAGAGAAGAAAAAGAGGCCGAAGAUUCAGAAGUGGAUGAUGAAGAUGCUAAUGAAGAUGAUAUCGAUGAAAAUGAUAUAGACCAUGGAGAGGGGGAAAGUGAAGGUGAAGAUGAGGAUGAAGAAGAUGGCGAAGAUGAAGAUGAGGAUGAUGACGUGAAUGUAGAUGAAGAAGAGGAUGAAGAUGGUGAGGAAGAUGAUGAUGAAGAUGUGGACGAUGAGGAUGCUGACGAGGAUGGAGAAGACGAGGUCGGUCUUGCAUACCUAGAGAAAGACGAUAUUGAUGAAGAAAGUGAAGGUGGUGAUUAUAACCCCGGGGGUGAUGAUGAUGAUGAAGGAGAAGAAGAAUCCCCAAGAGGUCAAAAGAGGAAGAGGGAAGAUGAGGAGGAGGGAGAAGAUGAUUGAAACCAUCCACAUAAGAAUCACCUAAAUCAUCAUCCAUUUCAUAACCAUUUGUAGAAUUUGUAUGUACAGCUAGACAUUUCACCAGACUUGGACUUGUUGUGUUGCCCAUAAUUGGUUUGAAGCUCCAAGACAUCCCCGUCAAGAUGGGAGGGACCAUUGAUAUGUAUAGGGAAAGAGCUAAAACAUCUCUAUGGGUGCCUGGGGCAAUGGGUUUACCGAUGGGUCAAGUCUCAUCGCCCACUUAAAUACCAGCUCACAUAUUCACUCCACGCUUUCAUCCCCCACCUUCAGGUGGAGUAUUGUCCCAUUCUUUUAUAAAAGUAUCAUUCCUCUUUAGUAUGUUUUUCUACAAGUUACAGUUUCACAAGGUUUUCAUAUCCAGCUCUGUCAUGAACGUUUUACCUUUCUUGUUACCUGUCAACAAGCAUCUACAUAUAACUUGACCAUGCUGUGUGGGGUAGGAAAGUGUUGGAAAAUAUACAGUUAGCUCUUGAAAUGAAGUAGCGACUGACUACAAUCUUAUUUUAGGGUUAAAUAAUUGGCUUCAAAGGUUCUUGUUAAAUACUUAAGAAAAAUUUGGGGAGUUUUAAAGAAAUUCAAUUGUUACUUAGCUUUCCAAUUGGUUAUUGCAGCAUGUAGAACCUAAUACAUUUCUGUUCAAUGGGUCUGAUAGUUGUCGAUGCCUAGCUGAUGGAAAACUGUAAAUUUAGAAGUGCACAGUUAUGGCUAUCUGAUUUUAUUGUUUUAUUUCUUCAAAUAAUUGUUCUAUUUUCAUGUAUUUUUUUUUAUGUCCUUUCGUGAAAUGUCAUACCAUUCUCAGAUGCUGUAAUUCAGUUCUGUUGUUAAAUAAAAGUUUUUAGAAAAUAA